AUGUUAUAUAUAAUGAGAAAUAUAUUAAAUUAAUUUAAAAAUUGGUGAUUUCAAGUGUGAAUAUGUUAUGAAGAAAUGUCAGAUAGUGAAGAGAGUGACGGGGAAGGAGGUCUAGGCAACUUGAAUCGACUGAUAGUGCGGCCUCCUGGUCAAAGUGGUAAGGCCAAACGCGGACAGUUAUGCUUCGAUGCGGCCUACGAAUGUGGUAACUUAGGUAGAGCUGACUACAUCACUGAUUUAGAGUACGACCUAUUCAUUAGACCUGACACGUGCAGGCCGAGGUGUAGAUUCUGGUUUAAUUUCACUAUCGAGAACGUUAAACAGGAUCAGAGAGUUAUAUUCAACAUAGUAAAUUUAGGAAAAGAGUAUACUUUAUUUAACAGUGAUAUGACGCCGCUGGUGAGAUCGACUUCGCGACAAAAAUGGCAACGGCUACCCAGACGAUUGCUAUUUUACCAUCGAUCGCUGGUCCAUCGGGGACGCAAGAUUCUCAGCAUCGCGUUCGCAUUCGAUCGAGAAGAGGAUAUUUAUCAGUUUGUGUCUGCAGCGCCCUAUUCUUAUUCGAGACUACAGAGACAUCUAACAUUAUGGGAAAAGAAGGCUCAAGGUUUCGCCACUAGGGAAAGCAUAGCCCAAUCCACGCAAAAACGUCGUAUCGAACUCAUUACAAUCGGAAAUUUUGACUUCAAAGAGAAGGAGAGAGAACUAAAAGAGGAACACGUAACGAAGAGUAAAGUAACUGAUGCUAAGAAACGUGCUGUACUUAUAUUAUCUAGAACACACGGUGGGGAGCAGCCUACUUCAUUCAUAUGUCAAGGAUUCCUUGAUUAUAUGGUCAGCUCAUCAGAGAAGGCAGUUGCCUUACGUAAUAACAUAGUUUUACAGGUAGUUCCGAUGUUAAACCCGGACGGCGUGUUCCUCGGCAAUCAGAGAUCAGAUCUGUUUGGUUCGGACCUCAAUCGAUGCUGGCACCGACCCACGACAUUCUCGCACCCUGCACUCAUCCCUAUUAAGGAACUUGUAAAAAAACUCACAUCAGAGAAGAAUGUGCAAUUGGAUUUCAUUAUAGAUAUCCACUCUGAUAUAAGUCAUGAGGGUGUAUUUGUUCGCGGUAACUCAUAUGAUGAUGUGUACAGGUUUGAACGUCACGCGGUGCUGCCUAAAUUCCUAGCUGCUUGGGUGGAAGCCUGGAGACCAGACGCCUGUUUCUACAACGCAGACUCAGCGGUAACAGGGAGCGCGCGACGGACGCUACCCACUGGCAGUGUGGACGCCUACACUCUGCUGGCUUCGAUGGGUGGACGAAGGUUCACUACCAGAGGACCCUAUGUACAUUAUACUGAAGAUGCUUAUGCCAAAAUAGGUAGAUCUCUGGCGAAGGCUCUAUGCGAUUACUACCGCCACGCAGGUGUAAUCCCGCCGAGGGUCAGCCUCACAAAGAAAAAGGAGUCACGCGGGCGUCGCAGACGCAGGCGGCCAGUCAUCGAGCGAGAGAGAUCACAGAGUUCGUCUCCUGAGCGGCGAGUGCUGGCGGCCCGCGUGGUGUCUCCGCCGCUGCCAGCUGCCUCGCCUCCGCCGCUGCGAGCGCUGCCGCCGCGCCUCACACACUCACGCCAUUCGCGGCACACCGCCGGUACUGGCGGCCAACCAGCCCGCCUCCGGGCCGAACAGGAUAUUCACGUUAUACUGCCUCUUGUUACUGGUACGGCUGUUAGAACUCCCCGGCUUGCUGUCGUCGAUAUGAGCGCCUACAUUCGAUCUCCAACUAGUAACUUAUUCAACAAAUCCAGAAACAAAAUAGCCAGACCACCACGUCCAUCGCACCCAAAAUAUACCAGUGACGAAUAUGAUACGCAUGAAUCUGAUUCUUGAAUGCAUACAGUUCAUACAGGAUACGGAAUGGUUCAGUGUUUACC